UUUAUAUUUCCAGAUGUUGACAUUUGCAUUUCUUUAGAAAAACAGAUGUUUCCAGCACUCAAAUAUUGUGCAAUAAAUUAUGAAUAUGAGAAUGAAGCUAGAAAGAGAUUUUACAGAGAUGCUUUAAUGCUGCGAGUGCCUUCAAGUUUCUAUCAAGGUGGAAAUUAUCUUGUGGGAGUCACUGAUACUAAGUAUAGGAGGCCAUGGACAAGAAUCUCAGCUGUUUCGGUUUGGGGAGAGACAAACACAGUGUGGGAUGAAUGGAAAGCAGUAUUCCCUGUGGAGGAUUCCGUCGAGAAAAAAACACCUACAAGAAUGGUGACUCAAGUUAAUUGUGAAUCUGAAGAAAUCGUUCCAAGUUCAAAUCCAAACUCGCAGCCUGAGGAAGAAGAAAACACGUUUUGUAUCCACAAGGACUGCUUUGAGGUCUUCACACCUGUCAAGUACUCAGAAUGCUUGUCACCUCAGUCGAAGGUCCAAGAUUUAUUUAUUGAUGAAGAAUUUGUUUUUGUGGAUAGUUUGAAGAACUAUAGAAAUCAACUACCAACUGUGAAAACUCUCUUGAGUAGACUAAAACUAUAUGUCAUAAAGGAUCCGCUUGAUGAUUUCAAACAGAUCUUCAAAGAUGAUAAUUGGGAAUCUUUAUCAGUUGAAGGAAAUACGGAAGUUUUUACAAAAGAAGAUUUUUCUGUGCCUGCAGAGACCUUUUGUAAAGUGGAACUAGAAGAUGAAGAUUUAGAUGAGUCAUUGCUUUUUCUUCCUGCCGUUGAAUCCUUAAUAUCUGCACAUGUUGAACAAGAAGUUGGUAUUUCAUCACUGUCAGACCUAAAGGAGUCAUUAGACAUAAUGCCAGAAAACAUACAGUAUGUAGAUGAAAAUGAACAGCUACAAGGAGACAUUAUUUUCAAGUAUGGAAUUGAAAUUGAGGAUAAGAAAUACAGUUCCGCAAAGAUUUGGACCACUGAAAAUGAGAGUGAGCCAGAGUCUGAUGAACCAGGAGAGUUAGAACUUCCUCUAAGUCAGCCACACCUUUCAAAUCAACAUUCUUCAGUGAAUUCAUUAUGUGCAGGCCUUCACACAGUUCCAUUAUCUCCUGCUUGUAAAAUUAGCUCGCUUACUACUGAAGAAUCAGCUAAGAAAUGCUCAAUGGUGGAGCCACCAGAAAGAUGCCCAAGCUCUUCAGACACACUCAUGCUUGCUGAACACUUUGCAGCUGAGCCUGGAAAGGCAGAGUGCUGGGAGAAAGCAAGUCUGACUCAAAACCAGACAGAAACUUUGGAAAACCCAGACAUGCCUUUAUGUCAUGAUCCCAGUGACACCGAAAUGGAUAUGCUUUUGCCAGAAAACAUUGUUCAAAUAGAAUCAUGUCUAGAGAAUAAAAGUUGUUCAUCACCUACUAUACUUAAUAAUGAGAAAUCUACAAAUGUUCAUUUUUCACCUCCACAAAAUAGUCCACCUAUGGCAGAAGUGACAGAAAUAUGUUUUCCUGAUGGUUUUGUCUCUACUCAAAUACCAACAAAAGAAGAAACACCAAAGAAUGAUCAAGAGCUAGUUGAUGGAAUAAUCCAUGAAAAUGAAAAUAACGAUCUCUUUGAACUUGAGUGCAUAGGACCAUCUACUGAAUUAUCUUCAAGAAUUAGCAAAGCACCUUGUGAGCACCAUAAAGAGUGGGAUAAAUGUUUGGACCCUCUAAGCGAUUUUAUUAUGCUGAGAAAUAAACAUAUGACUUGUACAUCAAGAACUGAAGUCACAAACAAUGACGAAAAAGAGGAAUUUCAAGAUAAAGAAGAAUAUUCAUUGCCUCUUCAGGAAAAAAGUCCUAUUGUCUCUGCUGAUAAAACCCCUGAGAACCUAAUUCCAAAAUGGGGAGUAGAUAAUGUCAUUGAAAUUCAAGCAUCAGAGAGUCAGUGCCAAGCAUACUGUCUUCUAGAAGCUGCAGCUGCUCCUGUCUUGAAAAAGCUUGCGUGCCUCUGGCCUCUCCCUGUCACUAAUUGGAAAUUUGCCACUGUCACUUUUGAUGAAACAAGGUUCUUCUUAAAGGAACAAGAAAAAAUAAUAAAUGAUGCUGUUCACCAAGGUACAAAUGAUGAAAGAGAAAUGACGUUCAAGUACGCUGCUGUCUUGCACCUUCUGGUAACUACUAGGGAUGUGCUUCUAACGUGCAGCUUAGACACAGCAUUAGGAUAUUUGUCAAAUGCAAAAGAUGUCUACAGAAGUAUUGUGGGCUCUUGUUUGGAUGACAUUUGGAGACAGCUGGACAUUGUACAGUUUACUAAUGACAAAAAGUCUGAAGUUAACUACAGAAUACAGGAAUUGCAAUGUCAGAUUUUAAACUGGAUGCAAGAUCAACAGCAAAUUAAGGUGCUGAUUAUAAUAAGAAUGGAUUCAGAUGUUGAAAAACAUUUACUCAUUAAAAUCCUAUCCAAAAUAGAAGGUUUAACACUUACUGUCUAUCACUCGGAUGAAGGAAAAGAGUUUCUGGAAUCUAGUCCUCUUUUAAAUGGUACAAGUUCCUGUGUAAUUAUACACAAUCAAUAUAUUGGAGCCAACUUCCCCUGGGGAAAUUUCUCAUUUGUGGUGGAAUACAAUUACGUAGAAAAUUCUUAUUGGACUACACACUGCAAAAAAUUGAAUAUCCCUUACGUACGCUUAAAAGUGAUUCUUCCAGACACAGUUUUACAGGGAAGUACUUCACUGGAUACAUUUCAUGGCUUUCCUUUGGAAAUUCAGAUUCCAUAUGUGUUUUUUGCAUCUGAUGGACUUCUUAAUACUCCGGAAAUACUUCAAUUGCUAGAAUCCAAUUACAAUAUCCUUCUGGUGGAGAGAGGCUGCAGUGAGUCGUUGAAGCUCUUUGGAAGCACAGAGCAUUAUGCAGUGGUGACAGUCGAUGAGCACACUGCCAUCGUUUUGCAGAACCUAGAAGAACUGAAUUAUGAGAAGGCAUCAGACAAUAUCAUUAUGAGACUCAUGGCUUUGUCAUUUCAGUACAGCUAUUGUUGGCUAAUUUUAUAUAAAAAAGAAACAAUAAAUUCAGAGUACCAUCUUACAGAAAAGACGCUUCAUCAUCUAGCACUGAUAUAUGCAGCUUUGGUUUCAUCUGGGCUAAAAUCUGCAGAACUGGAUGUAAAGCUUAUAAUUGCCCCAGGAGUAGAAGAAACUGCACUGAUAAUUCGACAAAUUGCUGACCACAGUUUAAUGACCUCCAAGAGAGAGCCUCAUGAUUGGUUGAAUAAAUCCUGGCUUGAAAUUUCACCAUCUAAGGAAGAACUGUAUUUACUUGAUUUCCCCAGUAUUAACCCGCUGGUGGCUCAGCUCAUGUUAAAUAAAGGAUCUUCUCUGCAUGGGCUGUUAUUAGCGAAUCUGUGUCAGCUUCAGGAAGUUCUCCCUGAAGUUCCAGAAAAAGUGUUAAAGCAUUUUUGCAGCAUCACUUCCUUGUUCAAGAUUAAUUCUUCCACAACAGAAUCACCUCAAAUUUCAUUACCUCAGGAAGACGGGAAUCAGACCAGUGCCUUUACUUCUCAGAGUUUACCUUGCAACUCUUCAGACUCCAUCACUAAACAAUACAAUGCCUUUUACCAAUAUUCAGAUUCAGGGGCCAGAGUGCCGGAGGACACAGACACCACUUCAACUUACAAUAUUUCCCACGUGGAAUUAAGAAAAAUGCCUCCCAUUUUAUCAUCUGCAGAUUCUUAUAACCAGAACAACUACUGGAAAGACUUUGGUUGUAGACCUGACAUAAUCCCAAAUAAUCCUUGUCCAGUGAAUAUGGCACCAAGGAGAGCGGCUUGGAGCUCAUUUCUAAACCGGAAUGAUUCAGAUUCAGAUGUCUUUUCUUUGGGUCAAACACAGAUCAGUUGUGAAGACACAAUGCCACCAGUUGACCCUCAGAAGGGAGCUGCCCCUCGUUUUACAAAUUAUCAGAAAAAGCAAGCACAGGAAGCCAAAGGACCCACAAACAAGGAAGUAUUUGCCCCCAUCUUUUCACUAAUGGGCUGUCAGUCUCCUCACUUGAACUUGAAGAGAAAUGCACGGGCACCACAGGCUUACUCGUUCCACUUGCACUGUGGCUUAGAACAGACUACAUGGCAGGAGUGCUGCUUUCAGCCAGAUAACGCAGUCACUCAUCAACCGAAAUACCGCUUGGGGGAGUCAGGAGACUUCACGUGGCAGAGGCCAGAUGCUGGGAUUCAAAGGACUUCCAGGGGAGGCUUCCCGUCCAUUCCCAGUUUAGAUUUUCCCCAUGCUCCUGAUUCUAAUGUAAAUAAGAAAGAAUUCAAUAACAUUUCUUUAUACCAAAGAACUGGAGAAUAUAUAGGUCAGAAAAGACAUCUUGAAAGUUCAUCUAACUCAGGAGUCAAGGAAGCACUGACAGAUUUCAUGUACCCACAAUUAGCACAGUUCAAGAAGCGACGUCUCACAUAUGAAAAAGUCCCUGGGAGAGCUGAUGGACAAACCCGGCUGAGAUUUUUUUGAAAUGCAUAAAGGGCAGAGAUUCAUCCCAUAUUCUGCUGGUUGUGGUGAAAGUUCAUUGGCAAAAUUAUCUUAUUUUCUCAAAUGUUAAAGAAAAUGCAAUUAUUAAAUGUCUCAGUGUUACCACGUUGUCACAUUUACUGCCUUAGGGCUAGCAUCUUAGU